CACGGCGCACACCACACGCUUGGCAUGGCUACGCCAAUCACCUUUUCAGUCAAGUUUAAGAGGAAGCGAGUGGUGGUUGAGCUGCCGCCGGAUGCCAACUACCGUGACUUGGCCCGUGCGCUGGAGGAUGCGACCGGUGUGCCGAUGGACGGGCAGAAGCUGCUGGGCCUGGCGCCUGAUCCGCCGCCACCAAGUACCCCGCUACGGACACUGGCAAAGGUUAGUGCGGCAGGACGAGGCCGCAAAGCUGCGCCGAUCAAAGUCAUGCUCGUCGGCACACCGGCAGAGACGGUGAGGCAGGUCUUGGACGCCGAGGCCGCCGAGCACGCUGCGCGGGUCCAAGCCGCAGCCGCCGCUGCUGCUGCCGACAUUGCGGCCCGUCAGGCCGCUAUCGAGGCCGCCGCCACGCUUCCGCCGCCUGACGCCCCCACGGCUGACACUUCAGCAGCAGCAAUAGCGGCUGCGACGUCAGCGUCGUCCAUGGUGGUCAAGCCGGGCAAGCUCACUGUCGAGCUCGACGGCGGACUGCAAGUGUGGGACGGCGGCGAGCCGCGGCGGCUCGGCUCCAACCAGGUCGUCAUUCCAGCCUGCGUGCUCGAGGGUGCGCAGCGCGCUGGCCUUGACUUUCCUUACUUUUUCGAGCUCUCGGUCGUGGGCACGAGCGCCACGUUUCGAUCGGUUGUCUCGGUGCUCCAGUUCACCGCGCCGGACGGCGUCGCCAUCGUGGCACCCGCGCUGCUCGAAAAGCUCGGCGGCGCUUCAGCCCUGAUUGACGAUGGAGUCCGGGUCUGGCUCCGCGCGCGCCAGCUCCCGCUCGGCACCUUUGCCGCCAUCCAGCCACUCACCGAGGCCUGGCACUGCAACGUGCCUGCCGCCCAGCACGGGCCUGUCCUACAGGAGCAGCUGCAGUCAGCCUACCAGCACAUCGGCGCCGGUGACAUUGUCGAGUUUGAGUACACCGGCAUCGAGUACGCGUUUCUAGUGGUGAGCGUCGAGCCGGCUGACGCCGGCGCGGUCUCGCUCAUCAACACCGAGCUUGCUGUCGACAUCCGGCCGCCGCUCUCGCCGGGCCUGGCCGCCGCCACAGGCUCACCACGCCGCGCCGCUUUUGCCCUGCCCACUGUCCUCCGGCUGGAGGGCGACAUGAGUGCCGGGUGCGCAUCGGGCACAGCGUCCGGUAAGCUGGGCGCAACCGGUGCAGCCGCCACCUUUGUAGCUUUUGUGCCCGCCACCGCGAACGCCGUCGACAUUGAGCUUGUCGCGCGGUCAGUCGAGGAUGGGGCGAGCAACGAGUGGAACGCUGAGCCGAACGCUGACCUCUUUGUCUCGUGCGAACCGGCGGUGACGGCGCCAAGCAACGCUGCGUUUACCUUUCGCGACGUCUCGUCGACCGGCCCUGUGGCAAAGCUGCAGUUUGCACUCGACGAGUUGCCGAGCCAGGCCGCCGCCAGUAGCGACGCCACCCCCGGCGAUACCACACGCGCCAUCUACAUCACCGCCGAGGCAUGGCGUGGGCCGCUCGAGUUCGAGCUCGUGCUCAACGUGAGUGGCAAAAUGCUGGCACCGAUGGAUGAGGCGCGGCCGUCGUCGCCGGCGCCCGACGCGAGCGUGUGCGGCAACUGCGGGGCGGCAGUGCCAGCAGCGUCGAUGCUCACACACGAACUCCGGUGUAGACGUGUUGCACGGAGCACGUGUGGUGAGUGUGGGAUCAAGCUCCGUGAUGAGCACAUGCCCAAGCACGUGGCGCGGUGUCACGUGCCGCUAUCCUGCAACUGCGGUGUCGAGCUCGCGCCUGACGAGCUGCAGCAGCACCGCCGCCACGAGUGUGGCCUCCGCAUGGUCGACUGCGUCUACUGUGACGUGCGGGUCCCACUCGCUGCGCGCGGCGAGCAUCAGAACGCGUGUGGCUCGCGGACGGCCCCUUGCCCCGUGUGCGGCGAGCGGGUGCCCCGCAAGCACCUUGCGCGGCACGUCGACGGCCACACGGUGGCGCCCGAGUCCGAACCCGAACCCGAACCCGAACCCGAGCCUGGAACUCAGCCUCAGUUGGAGCAUCAACCCGCUGUCGCCUGCCCACUCUGCGGUGCUGACUUUCCUUUGUCAGCCAUCGAGCGGCACGCAUCCGGAUGCUCGGGCUAGUCGGCGUGAGCCUUCUGCCGCUCGCCGAGUAGCGAGACGAGGGUCAGCGCCGAGGUCAGCGCGCCGAUGCAAGCAAAUACCAUCGAAGCCAGAGCGAGCCACUGGUGCAAGCUGUCGGCGCCAGACUGCAGCGCUUCGCCAUGCUGCGGCGCGUAGUCGUUGGGCAUGAGCGAGUUGAAGGUGGCCAUGCCGGCCAUAGGCAGGUCUGUCACGAACCAGACAAAGGCCCACAGCAGGCCCCAGGCGACGCGCAAAGCAUCAUCGCCAA